CCUUCUGUAUCUAUGAGCAGUGGCUGCUCAGAGAGACACAUGAUUUGAGAGGAUAAUCAAAAGAAGGGAAGCCCAAGGUAGAGAGAGGUACAUUGGAUAUGCAGGAAGUGGGAGCGCCAUCCCGUGGUGAUUAGUUGGGGCAGUUCCAUGGCUAGAUUUAUGGCACGCAGUUGUUGAACGCCUGACAGACAUCGGAGGCAAGGGCUCCACCGCUGCUACCCCUUUUACUGCUGCUGCUGCUUCAGAGGAGCUCUGUUUGCUACCGGAGAGGAAGCUCUGUCUCAGCACACAAAGAUGGUGAGGGAGCAGUAUGUCACCACCACCCAGGACAGCAGUGUCCCUGCCCCGGUCCCUGACUCCAUCUAUAAGAUCGGGAUCUACGGUUGGAGGAAGCGCUGCCUCUACCUGUUUGUCCUGCUGCUCAUCAUCAUCCUCACCGUGAACUUUGCCCUCACCAUAUGGAUCCUCCGGGUCAUGUGGUUAAACACAGAAGGGAUGGGACAUCUAAAAGUAACAGCGGAGGGAGUGAGGCUUGAGGACGGCAAGUCAGAGUUCCUCUUUCCUCUCUACGCCCAAGAGAUCCACUCCAGAGUGGACUCCUCUCUCCUGGUGCACUCAUCUGAAAACGUCACUCUCAAUGCCCGCAAUGAAAAUAAUGAUGUCACAGGAAGUCUCUCUGUAGGUCCAGAUGUGGCCCAGGGAAAUGCACCGAAUUUUGUCAUCAGCUCCAACACCAAGACGCUGUUUUCUGCAGAUGACAAAGAGGUGGUUGUUGGAACAGACACACUUCGUGUUACAGGUCCAGAAGGUGCUCUGUUUGAACACUCCGUAGAGACGCCCCUGCUCAGAGCUGAGCCCUUCAAAGACUUGAGGCUGGAGUCUCCAACCCGCUCUCUCAGCAUGGAUGCACCAAAGGGAGUCUUUGUCAAAGCACUGGCCGGGAACAUCGAGGCGGCAUCUAACAUGGAUCUUCUAUUGCACUCCAGUGAAGGACUGGUGAUUCUGGAUGCCGAGACGGUGCGUCUGCCGAGUCUCCCCCUGGGACAUGGAGGGGUGUCUGGAAACGCUCAGGUACUCUACGAAGUGUGUGUCUGUCCUAGCGGAAAGCUGUUCCUGUCCAAGGCGGGGGUCACCUCCAUGUGCAACGAAAGCCAAGAGUGCUAGCGAGUGUCUUUGCCAUCAGAUUAUACCAUAUUGAAUGAAAAUGCCUUUAAAUUGGGUACUCUGACACACUUUCAUAAAAACACAAAAAAACGAUCACAACUUUUCAAUUCUGAACAAAACUGCCAGUUGAACUGCAGACAUAUCCUCCAAGUAAUUUAUCUAUGGUGCAUAUUAUUGAUGGAAGUUACAUUUGAGACUAUUUUACUAUGUAACUGAAACAGUGACAUGACAACUUUAUACCACAUUAAUAAGUGGCUUACUUCUGCAGUAUAGUUAUUGAUACCAUUUUAUGUUUACACUGAGUUGAGAUGAUUGUUUAUUUUAUAAUUACGGUAUUAUGGCUGGGCAAUGAUGAGCUGGUUAACAGAUUAUAUCCUAUGCAAUGUGUUUUAUGUGGGCCCGGUUUCCUGGACCCAGGUGAAGCUUAGUCCACAAUGGAGAACCUCCCAAUGAAAGUGAUUUUUAGUGUAGGCUUCAUCUGGGUCCGGGAAACCGGCCCAUAGUGUAUUAAUGUUGGGCAAAUGGAGAGAAAAGGAUGAUAUGAUCUAGUCUGUAGAUAUAUACCAAACAUUGGGAACACCAUCCUAAUAUUGAGAACAGCCUCAUGGUGUCAAUUGUUCCACAGGGAUGCUGGCCCAUGAUGACUCCAUGUUUCCCACAGUUGUGUCAAGUUGGCUGGAUGUCCUUUGGGUGGGUCAUUCUUGAUAGACAUGGGAAACUGUUGAGCAUGAAAAACCCAGCAUCAUUGCAUUGCACCUGGCACCUACUACCAUACUCCGUUCAAAGUCACUUACACCUUGUGUCUUGCCCAUUCACCAUCUGAAUGGCACACACACAAUCCAUGUCUCACUUGUCUCGAGGCUUAAAAAUUCUUAUUUAACCUGCUUCCUCCUCUUCAUCUACACUAAUUGAGGUGGAUUUAGCAAGUGACAUCAAUAAGGGAUCCUAGCUUUCACCUGGAUUCACCUGGUCAGUCUAUGUCAUGGAAAGAGCAGGUGUUCUUAAUGUUUUGUAUACAAAUGCAACCUAGUUAUGGUCUAAGAAAGAUAAUAUAAAAUAGAGGUACAGUUGAGUGUGUUUGUGUUACACAUUCAUUAUGCAACGUUAAGCAAUCUGAUACAUCUGUUGCUAGAGAUUUUAAAAAGGGACUGUUUUCCCAAGUACUUAAUUUCCUAUCCCAGUUCACCAGCUGCCACUGUGUUUCUGUAGUUCUUUUCAUUCAUGCAUUUAUUGUGUUUGCUUAACAUUGCAGAAUGAAUGUGUUACACAAUCUGUUACAUCCAAUCCUGUUGCUAGAGAUUUUCAAAAAGUGACUGUGUUUUUCCAAGUACUUAAUUUAAUCUCACAGUUCACCAGCUGCCACUGUGUUUCUGUUGUUUUUUAAAUGUAUGCAUUUAUUGUGUGAAAUGUAUUUAUUUUUAUGUUUUUUUAUGUGUGGCCAUAUAUCACAAACCCCCGAGGUGCCUUAUUGCUGUUAUAAACUGGUUAACAACAUAAUUAGAGAAGUAAAAAUAAAUGUUUUGUCAUACUCGUGGUAUACGGUCUAAUAUACCACGGCUGUCAGCCAAUCAGCAUUCUGGGCACGAAUCACCCAGUUUAGAUUAGUCAGUCAAACUAAUCAGUAUACUGUAACUAAUAACUUUGCAAGAAUAGGACAUUAAAUGGAUAGUGUGACAUUUUGGCAACUAAGGCCCAUGUUCUACUUACCCAGAGUCAGAUGGAUACCAUUUGUAUGUCUCUGCGUGCAGUAUGAAGGAAGUUGAAGGUACUUUCUGGAACCAUUGCUAACUAGUGCUGUGACUGGAAGUGUACAGGAACGGCUAGCAUGCAUUUUCAUCAAUCUCUCAAAUUUGCUAUAUUUUCUUUUUCAAUACAUGGUUGUGUUUCUAUCUCAUUCCUUGGUAUAGGCCACGACAUUAAAUAUGCUAUGAUGUCGCACUUCUAAUCCUAUUGCACUGCAAUACUGUAGCCUACCCAUAGCCAACUGUCACAUACUGUCAAGGUUACCAGUCUAUUUACUUUUGCGCAUGCUUGGCUAUUGAAUUAACAAUUGAUAAAUGGUAGCCUACUAUCUGUUGUGUGGCGGGAAUAAUUUAAACCAGUUAUGUCAGAAAAGGAAACACGUCCUGCAAUGUGAUUAUGAUAUAGGCCUAUAUAAUAAAAGUAAAAUAAACACAUUAGAUGACAUGCUGCUAUGCAAUCUCUUUGCCAAUGCAUCUGUUUUAUCAUUAGGCCUACGUUUUAAUGUUUUUAUUAGCCUACCAUCAUUAUAAAUCCCGUACAUCAAACACCUCCCAUUUUCCCCAAACGAGCAAUAAACCUAUUUGUUGCAAUGCAGUUGAUCAACCUAAAAGUUGUGUACACAAAUGGUUUGAGAUUUGCGUGGAGAUAGGCACUUUCCUGUCAUGUUCACAAUUGAUAAAUACCAAUCUUUGCAGGAAAACUAGCGCUCGCAAGGAUCAGAGUAUUUUUUGUGCAUAUGCCCCUGUAGCCUAUGUGUUCUAUUUUAGGGAAUAUUUAUUGUACAUUUUGAUUUUAGAAAAAAAUGGUAGCUUCUUAGUUAUCUUGUCACGACCUUGACUGUAAUAUAGAUUCUAAUGCGUUACUGUUCACCCAUGUUGUAUACAUGUUCGCUUGUUGUCCUUAUACAGAAAAUAUUCUAGAUUUGUCAGUGAAGUUGAUGUUUUGAUAAAAUUGUGGAAUAUGUUUGCCAGGUUUUGUAUGUUUGAAUAAAACAUUUGUGCUAUUCUUGUAAAAAAAGCUCCUGUCUUAACAGAAUAACAUGUAUAUACAGUGGGGAGAACAAGUAUUUGAUACACUGCCGAUUUUGCAGGUUUUCCUACUUACAAAGCAUGUAGAGGUCUGUAAUUUUUUAUCAUAGGUAAACUUCAACUGUGAGAGACGGAAUCUAAAACAAAAAUCCAGAAAAUCACAUUGUAUGAUUUUUAAGAACCGUAAUUAAUUUUAUUGCAUGAUAUAAGUAUUUGAUACAUUAGAAAAGCAGACCUUAAUAUUUGGUACAGAAACCUUUGUUUGCAAUUACAGAGAUCAUACGUUUCCUGUAGUUCUUGACCAGGUUUGCACACACUGCAGCAGGGAUUUUGGCCCACUCCUCCAUACAGACCAUCUCCAGAUCCUUCAGGUUUCGGGGCUGUCGCUGGGCAACACGGACUUUCAGCUCCCUCCAAAUAUAUUCUACUGGGUUCAGGUCUGGAGACUGGCUAGGCCACUCCAGGACCUUGAGAUGCUUCUUACGGAGCCACUCCUUAGUUGCCCUGGCUGUGUGUUUUGGGUCGUUGUCAUGCUGGAAGACCCAGCCACGACCCAUCUUCAAUGCUCUUACUGAGGGAAGGAGGUUGUUGGCAAAGAUCUCCCAUCCAUCCUCCCCUCAAUACGGUGCGUUCGUCCUGUCCCCUUUACAGAAAAGCAUCCCCAAAGAAUGAUGUUUCCACCUAAAUGCUUCACGGUUGGGAUUGUGUUCUUGGGGUUGUACUCAUCCUUCUUCUUCCUCCAAACACGGCGAGUGGAGUUCAGACCAAAAAGCUAUAUUUUUGUCUCAUCAUACCACAUGACCUUCUCCCAUUCCUCCUCUGGAUCAUCCAGAUGGUCAUUGGAAAACUUCAGACAGGCCUGGACAUCCUCUGGCUUGAGCAGGGGGACCUUGCGUGCGCUGCAGGAUUUUAAUCCAUGACGGCGUAGUGUUGGUUUUCUUUGAGACUGUGGUCCCAGCUCUCUUCAGGUCAUUGACCAGGUCCUGCCGUGUAGUUCUGGGCUGAUCCCUCACCUUUCUCAUGAUCAUUGAUGCCACACGAGGUGAGAUCUUGCAUGGAGCUCCAGACUGGGGGUGAUUGACAGUCAUCUUAAACUUCUUCCAUUUUCUAAUAAUUGCGCCAACAGUUGUUGCCUUCUCACCAAGCUGCUUGCCUAUUGUCCUGUAGCCCAUCCCAGCCUUGUGCAGGUCUACAAUUUAACCCUGAUGUCCUUACACAGCUCUCUGGUCUUGGCCAUCGUGGAGAGGUUGGAGUCUGUUUGAUUGAGUGUGUGGACAGGUGUCUUUUAUACAGGUAAUGAGUUCAAACAGGUGCAGUUAAUACAGGUAAUGAGUGGAGAACAGGAGGGAUUCUUAAAGAAAAACUAACAGGUCUGUGAUAGCUGGAAUUCUUACUGGUUGGUAGGUGAUCAAAUACUUAUGUCAUGCAAUAAAAUGCAAAUGAAUUACUUAAAAAUUAUACAAUGUGAUUUUCUGGAUUUUUGUUUUAGAUUCCGUCUCUCACAUUUGAAGUGUACCUAUGAUAAAAAUUACAGACCUCUACAUGCUUUCUAAGUAGGAAAACCUGCAAAAUUGGCAGUGUAUCUAAUACUUGUUCUCCCCACUGUAUAUAUUAUUGUUUGAAAUGAUGUAUCUGAAAAUACAUUUUCCAUUAACAUUAUAAAUACCAUGGGGAAAAAAGGAUGAUCAAUCUCUUUAUUUUAAAAGUUCCAUGAUCACCUUCCUUGCGACAAUAAAUAUAUUUAAAGCUUUUCUACAA